AUUCGCUGAAAGAGCGAGAGAUCGGAGAAGAGGUGUUGUUGAGUGUUGUCAGAAAGCAAUCUUGUUCCUCUAGAGUGUGGCUAGUGCUGUGCCGAACAGUCUUAAAAAUGCCUCACCAACCACAAAUGCAAGUGCAGAAGCAGUCCUGCUUUCAAGUCAUCAAGUUCGGCUUCAUGAUGGGAUUCAGCGUUGGCUGCGCUGCAGGAACUCUGCUUGGAACAUACGCAGCAGUCAAGAUGGGUUUGAGAGGCAGAGAACUAAUGGCUGGUGUUGGCAAGUCAGCACUGCAGUCUGGUGGUACUUUUGGAGUAUUUAUGGGUAUUGGUACUGCUAUCCGUGGAUGCGGCUGAUUCUUGGUCUUUCACUUACUACACAAACACAGUACUGCUGGCUGAUAGUAAGUUUGCACAUGACAAGGUGACUAGGUGACAAGGUGAAGACAUAGAUACACUGAGCUGAUGGACAGAAUGUACCCUUUCCUUAUUUGCUAUAUGCUUAUUAUGUUUAUUAGUGUCACAGCUACUUGUUCAUUAUUGAGUUCUGCCGGAUUUCUUUUGCUAACUGAGCUUACUUAUCAAGCAUUCUUCCUGGGACAUGCUGCCUGCUGUUGCCUACUGUUGCUGCUGCUGCUGCUAUGGUAUGUGUGUACUGUCGGUCGGCAUUGCCUAGUUGACACCCUGGCUGAGUGCACUGCUGGCAUGCUCUGCACUGAUCUUGACUGACUGUGUCCUAUCACUGCCUGCUCAUGUAAUCACGUGUAUCAUCAGCUAGAUUAUGGCAGCGGGCAUGCAUGAGGUCGGUGUAGAUUAUGGCAGCGGGCAUGCAUGAGGGCAUGCAUGAGGUCGGUGUGUGCGUACUACUAUGCGUUUCACUAACACCAUUUCUUUGACUGGUGGACGUUUUUGUCAUCUUCUUGUUAAGUUGAGUGCAAAUACUCACUCAGUUCUCUUUCUAAAAACUGACUGAAAAAUUUGCAGUGUGUACCGGUAGCUUCAA